UAUUUGGCCCCGUCUUCAUUGUCGACACACGCUUCACACAGCGUCUUGUUCGCGGACUGAACUGUCAGAUGGUCUUGUAGAACACGAGACAUCCUUCCUCCGACGGCCGAGUUAAUCUUACACCGUACAAGGAAGCACUCAGUAAACUUUCUUAUGUACUGGUGUUUCCACGUAGCCAAGGCUUCUACUAAUGAAACCCUCUGUGUGCAAGCUUUCAAUGUACAGACCGUACACUCGUUUGUUCUCUGUGCGCGUCGACGCUCGAGCACGGCUGAUAGGGCGUCGGGGGCAGCACUGCGUGGGACCCAGGCGCUCGCAUACAAUCCAACGAUGCAGUACGGAAACGAAAACAUGAGGCUUGCACCCGGUAGCAUGCCUGCGGCCCCUGUAGUGAUGCGGCCAGUUGUAGCACCUUUGAUUCAGGGCACCUUCUGGCGUGUACACAACGGGCUCGCUGCUGCCUCUAAUUCUCUUCUCGGUACUGGUAAGGAUCCGGUUGGAACGCAUACUCCAUGCCAAACCACACGCAUCAGAAACUGA